AAAACAAUAAUUAAUACUGCCUGACCCGAUCGGAACCCGAACCCAAUUCUGCACCGACUCUACUAAGCUAGACUUCGUUGCUGAUCAAGAUCCCUUUCCCUUUCCUUUGCGGCGGCGGCGGCAUCAUCAUCGAAUUCUUGCAAUGCGCAAUCGCACCUUGAAUCGCGCUCUGCAGCUCCUCCAUCGACGAAGCGUCGCCGUAGCUACCACCGCAACCCGCUCCUCCGCCGGGUCGGGUAUUAUUAUUAUUAUUGUUGUUGUUGUUGUUAUUACCCGACCCGCUGGCGAACCCGCUCCGGGACAGGACGCCAGAGUGACUCGGCGACGACCGCAUCGACGACGGACAGCUGGACGCGAUGCUGCUCCGCUUCCUCGGGUACCUCAAGUUCCCGGAGAAAGAGUGCGAGAAUCCUCUAACCGGCGCCGUUUUAUUGCUAUUGCUGCUACUACCUUCCACCGUCCCGCUGCUGCUCCUGUGAAUCACCUUUUCCUCCGCCGCAGGGUCAGAAACGACAUUUCCCUUACCGGAUCUCACGUCUCCCGAGGCGAAAACGACGCCGUUCGGGUAAAGCCCCAUUUUCUGCUGCUGCUUGUGAGAGAGCUUCUCGUAGAGUGGUUUAACUUUCUUCAAGUACUUCCUGAUGACGUCCUUCGCCGUCGUGCUCAUUCGCCUCACCGACGAUCCGGCGACGUUGACGUUGUUUUCUCCGGCGGCGGGUUUGGAGCUGUCCUUCUUGAAGACGGAGGAGAAUCUGGAGAGGGAGAAGUACUUGCCGUUCUUUUUUGCGGCGCCGCCGGUGAGGCGCUUGAGCUCGUCGGCGAGUUCGUCUGCGGCGGCGGCGGAGCUGGGGCGGGAGGAGUCGCAGAGGGAGUCGCCGACGGCGAGGAGGAGGAGGUCGGAGGAGGCGGCGGAGGAGGAGGAGGUGGAGGAGGAGGAGGAGGAGGUGGAGGAGGAGGCGAGGAGGAGGGUGCGGACCAUGGAGAUCCGGGGGGAGAGGUGGAGCGGGAGGAGCUGCCCCUUGUAGAAGAGCUCGUCGGCGGGGCAGAUUGCCGGGGAGGAUUUGCGAGGGGAGAGGGAGAUUGUGAACUCGAAAUCGGAGGAGGAGGAGGAAGAAAAGGAGUGCGACGGCGACGGCGGGAGGGUUUGGGAGGAUCUGGAAUCGAGCUUCUCUCUUCUCUUCCCCAUUGCUACUGUUUGGUUGGGAGAGAGAAUUGGAGAAUUGGAUGAGGAUUGGUUCAUAUAUGCAUAAUAAUUGUGUGUGGAGAGAGGGAUCUCGUUUUUU